CACCCUUCAAUAUUCUUCAAGACUUUGAGUUUUCCACAUUUAGAGAUAUCUUACAUGCACAAAUGAUAGAGCUAGAAGAAAUGAACAAUGGUAAAUCUAAAUCUGCAGACCCUCUUUCUGAAGAAGAGAUGUCUCAUAUUUUCAAUCACCCAGCCUUAUCUUGUGACAUUCCAGAAGGCUUAUUUAGAAGAAUCUUUUUAUGGAUAGGUUGUUGCUCAGCCAGGCGUGGAGGUACUUAUCAGGAAAUUAUGUAUGAUCAUUUCAAAAAGCAUGAGGAUGGUGGGUUUUAUCUUGUAAUUAUUCAUGAUAAAACACACCAAGGGGGUUUAUACCAUCGUUCACAUUCUGGUUAUAAACAACCACUUAGCCAUAUUAUUCCACCAGAUGAAAAAGGAACUAUUGGAGCUUGUGCAGAUAUUCAAAAAUAUAUUGAUAUGCGUCCUUCUGAUGCUGAACCUAACUUUUUUUACAAAUUA